GGCUCGGCAAUCGAACGCUCGGCUGUUCGUGCCUGCAUGCAUGCUGCUUCCGGUGGGCCAGAGAGCCGUGGGAACCGCCGAGCGUGGCGUCAGCCGUGGUCUCCAGCCAUGGCCUCUCUGCAAGCCAAGGAUACCUAUCUGCAGAACUUGGCCAAGAAGAUCUGCGCACAGCCUGGCCCCGAGCGGCGGAGGAGCGAGUGGGCUGUCAGAACAAAACGCUUGGAAGCUGCCGGGCCCCCAAAAAAGAAAAGGAAGAAAACACAAAAGAAAUCUCAGGAGCAGGGACAGAAAGCCACAGAACACAAGACUAAGCCCGUAGGGCAGACGGCUCCCACCUCCUCUAGGGCUAAGAAACCAACAGUCUCCAAACAAGAGAAGAACUCCAGCGCCCCGGAGUCUCCUGAAGAGAGCCAAGUCACAGCACCCGAUUCUGUCUUUGCACUGGAUUUCCUGCGACAGCGGCUGCAUGAGAAGAUCCAGCUGGCCCGGGGCCAGGGCAGCACCAAGGAGCUGUCUGCUGCCACUCUAGAGAAAAGACAGCGGAGGAAGCAGGAGAGGGAACGGAAGAAGAGGAAGCGGAAAGAGCUUCGAGCAAAGGAGAAGGCUGCAAAGGCUGAGAAAAAGGAGGAGCCAGCCGAGGCCCCCCCAGAAGUGGCCUGCAAGGAGCCGCAGGAGUCGGGCCUGAUCUUUAAUAAGGUGGAAGUGACUGAAGACGAGCCGGCCAGCAAAGCCCAGCGGAAGAAGGAGAAGCGGCAGAAGGUGAAAGGGAACCUGACGCCGCUGACAGGCAGGAACUACAGGCAGCUGCUGGAGCGUCUGCAGGCGCGGCAGGACCGGCUGGAGGAGCUGCGAGACCAGGACGCAGGCAAGGCCCGGGAGCUGGAGGCCAAGAUGAAGUGGACGAACUUGCUGUACAAGGCGGAGGGUGUGAAGAUCCGUGACAACGAGCAGCUGCUGCAGGAAGCCCUGAAGCGCAAGGAGAAGCGCAAGGCGCAGCGCCAGCGCCGGUGGGAGAAGCGCUCGGAGCACGUGGUGGAGAAGAUGCAGCAGCGGCAGGACCGGCGACGCCAGAACCUGCGCAAGAAGAAGGCCGCGCGGGCCGAGCAGCGGCUGCAGAAGGCCCGCAAGAAGGGCCGGGUGCUGCCCCAGGACCUGGAGCGUGCGGGCCUCUCCUGAGCGCCUUGCCCCUGCCGGCUUCCUCCCUGGGCACCUAGGUGACAGACUGUGGGUCUCCUGCAUGAGAUCUACACAUUCUUGCACCACACAGCCAUAUCGAGGGCUCCAGUUGUGUGCCAACAGGAUGUUUUGGCAUCAUCCUUAAGUAGCACAGUGCCCUCCAGAUCCUGGGAGGGAUAAAGGGGAUCUAUGCACAAGUUUUGUGAGUGUGUGUGUGUGUGUGUACAUGUUUCUGAAGGCUCCAGAAUCAGGGGAGUAGAGAUUGGGGUGAGGCACCCUACUGACCUCUUCCUACCCACCUGUAUUUCCAGUGGCCAUGAGAACAAAAAGCCUUGACUUCUGCUUCUGUGUUCACAAGCUCCUGGCAAUGUAAGAACCCACAGGAUUCUUGGGAGAAUCAGAUCCGGUCAGGCAUGUCUCUGGACCAGAGCUCCAGCGCUACAAAACUGAGUCCCAGGUCCACAGGAUGUGCCUUGGGUCACAUGGCCGCCUGUGGGCCAGCUGGUGGCAGAGGCUUGGGAUGUAGUGGUAUAUUGACUAGUUUAUGUCAGUUUAACACAGACUAGAGUUCUCUCUCUGAGAAGAGGGAGCCUCAACUGAGGAGAAAACCAGUAGAUUGGCAUGUGGGCAAGUCUGGUACAUUUUCUUUUGGGCCCAGUUCUUUAUGGGCAGUGCCACCUCUGGGCUGGUGGUCCUGGUUAUAUAGGAAAGCAGGCCAAGCUAGCCAUGGGGAGCAAACCAGUAAGCAACGCUCCUCUGUGGCUUUUGCUUUAGUUCAUGCCUCCAGGUUCUUGCCCUGACUUCUCUUGGCAAUGUACUGUUACUGGAAGUGGAACAUGAAAUAAACCUUUUUCUCCCCCAA